AUGCCUUUAUUUGGUAAAGAAAAGAAAACUAAAAAAGAUGGAAAAGACAUCGAUAAACAGCCGUCUUUGGAAGACAAGUAUUAUCUAAAAGAAUUGCUAGGAACUGGUGCUUUUUCUGUGGUGCGAUUAGCGGAAAGCAAGGAACGGUCAGGUAUGAUGUAUGCUGUAAAAAUUAUUGAUAAAAAAGCUUUAAAAGGAAAGGAAGACUCUUUGGAAAAUGAAAUUAAAGUUCUCCGAAGGUUAAAACAUCCAAAUAUUGUUCAACUUUUAGAAACGUUCGAAGACAAAUCCAAAGUUUAUCUUAUUAUGGAGUUGGUAACCGGUGGUGAAUUGUUUGAUAGAAUUGUGGAAAAAGGAUCUUACACGGAAAAAGACGCUGCCGAUCUGAUACGACAAGUUUUAGAAGCUGUAGACUAUAUGCAUGAGCAAGGAGUUGUUCAUCGAGACUUAAAACCUGAAAACUUACUUUAUUAUAGUCCAGAUGAAGAUAGUAAAAUUAUGAUUAGUGAUUUUGGUUUGUCGAAAAUGGAAGACUCUGGAAUAAUGGCAACUGCAUGUGGAACUCCAGGAUAUGUAGCACCAGAAGUUCUUGCACAGAAACCUUAUGGGAAAGCAGUAGAUGUAUGGAGCAUAGGAGUUAUAUCGUACAUUUUGCUUUGCGGUUAUCCUCCUUUUUAUGAUGAAAAUGAUGCAAAUUUAUUUGCGCAAAUUCUGAAAGGUGAAUUUGAAUUUGAUUCUCCAUAUUGGGACGAAAUAAGUGACUCGGCAAAAGAUUUUAUAAGAAAUUUGAUGUGCGUCAAUGUGGAAAAACGUUACACUUGUCGACAAGCUUUAGGACAUCCAUGGAUAUCGGGCAAUGCGGCUAGUAAUAAAAAUAUUCAUGGAACUGUAUCAGAACAGCUUAAGAAGAAUUUUGCUAAAUCACGUUGGAAGCAAGCUUAUCAUGCUACAACUGUAAUAAGGCAAAUGCAACGAAUGGCUUUGAGUAGUGGCAGUGGAGGUAAAAGUCCUACUCCACAGCGUAAUAUGUCGACCCAAUCAAGUGGAGACCCUUGUGGAAGUCUGAAUGGUGCCCAGGAUAAGUAAGAGCAACAAAAUAUUGUUAAUAUAUAUGCAUUUUUUGCUACGCAUUUUUAAUUAAAAUUAAAUUCAUGUUCUUAAAACUAAUAAUGGGAUGCAAUUUUUAUAUUUACAGUCUAGACUUUAUUUACACAAACAAGUGUCAUUUGCAUAUAUAAAGUAAUUAUAAUUUUCAAAAUACUGUAUAACAGGAUAGAAUUUGAAAUAUAAAUUUUACAUACCGUUAGAAAUAAUAUUGUUGCUUUGACAGUAUGCAAUUUAAGGGCAUGACUUUAAAGCUGUGUCGGUCAAAAAGACCUAAGCUCACUUGAAAGAAGACUUCCAAACAAAAUAAUCAUGUGAUGUUCAUUUCAUGCAAAACGUACAGUAUGUAUAAUAAAAACUGAUAUAGCAAGUGUAAUACCAUAUCUGUUUUAAGUUACUUUACUUGAUUAAAAAAACUUUUCACGGUUGAUAUUUUUAAAUAUUACUUUGUUAAUUUGGAAUUUGUUUGUUUGAAGAGCUCUCUUCUAGUUAUUUUAUUAUAUUUAAUUUUAGGUUAAAACAAAGCACAAAAUUUUAAAUUUCUAACUGCUGUUCUAAUAACAUAAGAUCUUCAAUCACAAAGUGAAUGUUAAGCGAAUCUCAAUACUAAUGCUAAUAGAAAGCUGAGAAAUCUAUAAAAGUAUAAUAUCUAACGCUCUCUGACUCAGCUAUGACAUUUUUUUUUGUUAAUGUUGAUUGAAAGGAACUAGAUUAUAUUUUAUUUAUCCAUUAUCUCUAAGCAAUAUUAAAUGUUAAAAUGUAGUAGUAUUAACAAAUACUAAGUGACACAUCUAUACAUAAUGCUUGCUUUUAAAAAAUAUAAGAUAUAUUCCUGUAAAAAUUUAGUUGGACCCUUGUAUAUCAUGUUCAAAAUUAUCACAAAGGAAAUUUUUCUAUAUGUAACUGCCCAUCAUAAAUAACAUGGUUCCAAUACUCUAAGAACACGAUUUAACACAUUAACAGCCAGAGGUGCUUAGUAAUGUAUUGGUAUAAAGUUGUAGUGAAUUAAAGGUUAUAAAUGCUGCCUUGUCUUACAAUACGUAUUUAUAAAAGUUUUACUUUUUCUUCACGUAUUUUAAUUUUUGGUAUAUUAAUAUAUGGUUUAUUUGCCAAAUACAUUUUUUUACAACUAGAAAAUAAUACAAGGGUUGUUAAUGUGUUAAACAAUAUUUUAUUUUAUUACUGCAAGGAAUUAUUUAAGAUAUUUUUCCUGCUAUUAACGGAGGAAUGUUGCAUAAAACUGAGAAUAUCCACAUAGAUUUCUUCAAACGUAUUUUUCUGUGAUACUAUAGAUCUGAAAAGAAUAUGAUAUUUUAUGAAUCUUUGUUUAAUGCAAUCAUUUGAAUCAUGCUUUUAAUAUGUCUUUGAAAGUGGUAGGUAACUGGAAAUUUUUUAAAUGAUCUUUGUAAAUACUCAUCAGUUUUUAGAAAAUUUUAAAAAAUACUGCUGCCUUUUUAAAAUAUUUGUAAAUAUUCAUAUGUAUAUUUUGGGGAGCUAUUAAAAGUGUGGUUUGUUCAACUUGUUCCUAAAAGCAUAUGUGGGAAUUCUUAGAAAGCUUAUGUUAUUUAACCAAGUAUUCUUUGAGAUUAUUAAAAUAGUAGGGCCUAUCGUUGAUUAAGCCUAAAAAUGGCAAUUUUUGAGCUAAUAUCCGUCCUUGUGGAAUAAGUUUUACUGAAUGAUUUUUUAGUGAGAUUUGGCCUUAUAGAAAUUGAACAUGAUAUAUAUAGAUAGGUGGUUAUUUCCAAACUCACACAAUGUGAUAUAUAACAUAAUUCAUAUCUAUUUUUUAUUUAUAACCUUGCUUGUAAAAAUCUGUUCAGUGUAUUUUAAGGAAAUUGUUGUUUUUGCACUGCAUAUGUAUGCCUGUGUAGCAUUAAUAUAUUAAUUUAAAUGUUUGAAAUGGCAUUAAGCAACAGUAAUGACUUAUUUGUUGACUUGAAGUAAACUUAUAAGAUUUCUGUUAGCCUACUUUAACAAGCAAGCUACUUAGGCAGGUGUAAGCACAUCCUACGUAAUUUUUUUCUUGAAUAAUAAAUACUGUGAUUUUAACAGUAAGACAUUAUUUUAUAUUGUAAACUGCUUUACUACCUACUUAAUUUUAUAUGCUUACAGAAUCUAAUAUUGAUCUGAAAAUUUAUUAUAGAGCACUUUAAUUUUCCUUAAGAAUCUCGUAUCUUAUUUUUAGUCAUAACUUUUUUUAUCAAGAUAAGAAUGGCAAUGGUAUUUCAGUAAUUUUGAUUUUUCCACAAAUUUCAGUUACCUACAUAUGAACCAUUCAAAUUUAAAUGUAUUGAUUAAAUAAUUGAUUUUGUUUUUAUACAUCAAAGAAAUAAAUAUGUAAAUAAAUAAACGGGAACUAAAUUCCAAUUCUUAACAUUUGGUCCAUCAAUUAAAAAUGAAAUGGAGUGAAUAUAACAAACAGCAAUAAUAUAUGUUGAACAAAUUUUGUUUUGAUGACAUCAAUCAUGAAAAAAACUUUAUUUUUCUGUAAACUGAAAUCUUAAUAAAUUUAAUUGCACUUAAAAAGUGUAUUUAUCACAGAAAUUUUAAAGUAAUGAUACCUAUAUAAUUAACAUAUAUUUAAUGUCAUACAUGACCAUACUUUUGAUUUUCACAAACUUUUUAACCCUUCAGUCAUUAACAACUAUUAUAUUAUAAUUUCUACAUAUAUAUUUUUAAAUAAACAUAUAAUAAAGAGUGCAACUUUCUAUAUAUUUUUUAAUCAUGAAUAUUCAUCAUUCAUUUUCAAUUAUUGGAUAUUUUGUUGGGCAUUAAGCUUCGUUAAAAAUGUACAGGGUCUUCACGCAAAAAUUGCCUCUGCCUCUCUUUUUCUCCGUUAUUUUUAGAGAUUCAAAUAAAGUUAGUUGUAGAUAUUUUAAAAAUUUUUUAAUUUAAUGCAAUUUUCGAGUGACCACCCUGUACAAUUUUGGCAUUUUUUUGUUAAUCAUGGAUUAAAACAAAAUGUAACUGAUUUUGAAACUGAAGGGGCCGAAAAUUAUUGCAUUUUAAACAUUCCAACAGCUUAGUUUUAUGUUUUAAUAGCACAUUUAUUUUAUAAUAAACUGUAAGUAUAUAAAAAAACUAUACAUCGAUUUACAAGUUAUGAUUUAAAGAGAAGUUUUAUUAGAAAUUAUCUUUCCACAAUAUUUGUAACUAUAUUUUAAAUAAAUGUAUAUAUAGCUAAUUUAAGCAAAUUGUGUAAGAUCACUGGAAAAAAGCAGUGUAGUUUUUUUCAAUACAUAGUUUUUUGUAAUUUUGUAAUUGGUUUAAAUAAAUUUAGACAUCUUCAUUACUACUUAGCAAAGCUUAUUUUUGUAGAAGUAAGAUGUUUGUGUUAAUGUGCAUUGUUCAAAAAUUUAAAAUUUUAAUUAUUGUUAAUAGUUUUAUUUGUUCAUCGUAAUAUAUUUUGUAAUAUUUUAUUGUUAAA